AUGCCUCCACCUGCUAGAAUCAAUGGCGAGACAAGACCUCUACUCGAUCGGCAACACGAGUCCGAGCUCGUUGAUCUGAGCAGCUUGGACCAUCCACUCAAUCCCGUGAAUAUACCUGCCUGGAGAAAAUGGGCCGGUGCAAGCGUUUUGGGUGCCAUGACAUUUGUCGUGGCUUUUGCCAGUGCCGCCUUCAAUGCAGCCAUCCCGGUGGCUGCCGUCGAGUUUCACGUUAAGCCCGAAACAAUGGCUUUGGGCACAUCGCUUUUUGUCUUUGGUUUCGCGACCGGUCCAAUUGUAAUGGGUCCAGCUUCUGAGGUGUAUGGGCGCAAACUGCCAUUUUUCCUAGGUUAUGUGUUGUUUGUCCUGAGUCAAAUCCCAGUUGCAUUGGGGCAUGAUGCUCACACCGUUCUCAUUUUCCGAUUCCUCGGUGGCGUCACGUCUUCUGUCUGCCCUGCUAUCACUGGUGGAUGGUUGGCCGAUUUUCUCUUACCCGUUGAACGUGGAGUUGCCGUCGCCAUCUUUGCCGCCACAACCCUGGUCGGACCGAGCAUGGGUGCCAUUAUCAGCCAGAUUCAGUUGCAGACCGUCAUGGGGUGGCGUUUGACUGCUUGGACAACAAUGAUCCUGGGUAUCUUUUGUGGUCUUGCCGGGUUCAUUAUUCUUCCCGAGACAUAUUUGCCAGUUGUUGAAAAGCAGUAUGCCCACAGACUACGGCAACAAACAAAAAAUUGGGCUUUACAUUCUAGAAUGGAUGAGAAGCCCGUGAGUAUUCGCGAUUUUCUCACCAGAUACCUCACGUUGCCGAUUUCCAUGCUCAUUUUAGAGCCCAUCCUCUUCUCAAUGACAGUUUACAUAUCAUUCACAUUCGGAUUGAUCUAUCUUCUAUUUGUUGCUUAUCCCAUAAGCUUUGUUCAAGAAAGAGGGUAUGGUGCAGUAGAAGGCACAUUGCCACUCUUGUCUAUCUGCCUAGGAAUUAUAAUUGGCGCUUUCUACGCCUCGUGGUAUACACUUACGACGGUUCAAAAGAAAGCAGCCGGUGGAAACACUCUGAUUCCGGAGGAUCGCUUGCGCCCUAUGAUUGUCGGCGCACUCUCACUUGCGAUUGGCCUGUUCUGGUUUGCUUGGACAUCUUCUCCUGACAUAAGUCCGUGGCCUCAGACUUUAGCCGGUAUCCCCAUUGGCAUCGGAGUUCAGGUUAUUCUUUUGCAAUCGUUGGCGUACCUGAUUGACAUAUAUACAACCGGAGCAGCUUCCGCUAUUUCAGGUACUAUGAUUGUGCGUUCGCUUGUCGGAGGAACAUUCCCACUUUUCGCACCUGAGAUGUACCACAAAUUUGGUGUCUUCUGGGCCACAAAUAUGCUCGGUAUCUUUGCUCUUGCGCUUGUACCCAUCCCGGUGGCCUUUUUAUUCUAUGGCGCAAAAAUAAGGUCUAUGGGUAGGUACAGCAGUUGA